UUGCCGGUGCGGGGCGCUCAGCUUUACACACAGGAAGCAAAACAUUUGCUGCUCCAGAAGGAAGGAAGCGAGGAAGCUCCGGCAGCGUCGCUCGCUUGGUUUUGCACACUAGCAGCAAUUGCUUUAUGCAGGACAUGGGCCAUGCGGCCGUGGCAACCGCUCUUCGUCCGGCUCUUGCUAGGCUCCCGAAGCAUCCGAGGGGCUCAGCCUGCUUUCGGUUUCGAUAGCUGGAAGGCCAGGCCGAGGACUUCUCCGCAGACAAAGAAGCCCGGCCGAUGCAGGCCUGAUUCCCAUGAGGACGUCGCCGCUUAUAUGUCUGAUAAACACCUGGCAAAUGGAAAAGAGAAAAAGACGUUUAUCUGCAUUGAAGGGAACAUUGCAAGUGGAAAAACAACAUGCCUGGAUUAUUUUGCCAACAAUUCUGACAUUGAGGUGUUGACUGAACCAGUGUCUAAAUGGAGGAAUGUUCGUGGGCAUAACCCUCUGGGCUUAAUGUACCAAGAUGCCUCACGGUGGGGCUUAACAUUACAGACUUACGUGCAGCUUACCAUGUUGGACCAGCACACAAGGCCAAUGACUUCUCCCAUAAGAAUGAUGGAGAGAUCAAUCCACAGCGCAAAGUACAUCUUUGUAGAAAACCUGUAUCGGAGUGGGAAAAUGCCAGAAGUGGAUUAUGCAGUACUGACAGAAUGGUUUGAGUGGAUCAUCAAGAAUUUGGAUGUUUCAAUGGAUUUAAUAGUUUAUCUGCAGACCUCUCCUGAGACAUGUUACGAAAGGCUGAAAAGGAGAUGCAGAGAAGAGGAAAAGGUCAUUCCGGUGCAAUAUUUGGAAGCUAUUCAUCAACUCUAUGAGGAGUGGCUCAUUAAGCAAACACGGUUUAAAGUUCCUUGUCCUGUGCUCGUGCUUCAGGCUGACCAAGACACGCAGGCUAUGAUUGAGAAAUACGAAAAAAACCGGGACCGAAUCUUAACCUCCUGUGACAUGCGGCAGUGCUUAUAGAAACGUGUACAUGUUAUUGUGUGGUUUGUUUGCAGAACCCAGUCCUAAGGUCGUAGCUGUUACUUUUUUUUUUUAGUUUCAAAUCAUAAUAUAUUUAUUGCAAACAUAUGGGGGUACUGUUAAGGAGUACCAGAUCAGACAGACCAGAGAGGAUUCUGCGUGAGCUAUAGAAGAAAGUUGUUUUUGAAGCAGAGACUGCUGGAGCUCUGUUCCUGGUUCAUCUGAGCAAGGAGGUGCUGUGUCAGGAGGCAGAUAAUCCUUCCCUCUCCACUGCCAGCUGCUUUGCCACGUGUUGAAGAAUCCUCUCCCGUUUUACAAAGUGCUGCUGCUCGCAGUCUUGAGUGCACUGUCAUUGCUGUUGCUAUUGGCACCUCUGAUUCUGUUAUAUCCCGCUAAGGAGAAAACACAAGUGUUCUUUUUCUGGGGAGAGUAAUCACCAUAACACAUUGGAUUUGGCAUAAAUUCCUGCUUUUGCACUAUUGAAAGAUAGCACAGAAUAUAGAACAAUAUAUAUAUAUCAAGUAGCCUGUGUUAAUGCAGAAAAGGAAUUCUGUACCCAUAGCUGUUAACAGAGCUAUGUGGUAAACUCUGCAUAUAUGACGGGACUUCUGUCACCUCCUCCUAAUAGUCCUCUCUGUUUACCUCUUCUCUGGUGGGGUUUUUGCAACAUGAAGGAGCUUCAGUGAGGUGCUGUUGGAGGAGAUGCCCCGAGACCAUUAAGUGCAAGACCUUUGAAAUGUAUCUGGAAUGCAACCUGGAAUCAGAAAAGGAACUGUUCCUGUUGUCCUGGAUCCUAGAGUUUCCCUUCCUUGCUGGAAGAAUUCCCCACUUUGAGUCCCCGUGUGGCCUUUGAUAACUCUUCCAAGCAAUUUGAGGUAUAAGCGUGAAGAAUUUCCCGAGGGAAAACGAAGCCUGCUUGGCAGUCAGAUACUUCUGUCUCCUCUCUUCUGAGGUCUAUUUCAGACAUUUCUUCCACUCAUUCCCCGAACUGUUUCAUGGACUUGGAGCAGUUGAAAGAACAGAUCUGAAGGUCACUCAGUUGGGUGACAUCUUUGGAGGGAAAUCAGGUGAACACGUUGAAGGUCUGUUGCACUCUUCAGCCUUGACUCAGAUCCAGGGCUUUUUUUGUAGCAGGAACUCCUUUGCCUAUUAGGCCACACUUCCCUGAUGUAGCCAAUCCUCCUGGAGUUUACAGUGGGCCCUGUACUAAGAGCCCUGUAAGCUGUAGGAGGAUUGGCUACAUCAGGGGUGCGUGGCCUAAUAUGCAAAGGAGUUCCUGCUACAAAAAAGCCCUGUGAAUAAUGAUUAUGACAGCUGCAAUAUAUAGCAGGUAUUUUUAUGUGUAGUGUACUAUUGACCUUGAAUGAGAGACUAGAAACUUUAAAAAAUUCCCCUUCAAUUUUUGUUAUAUUCUGAUGACAUAUUAUCUCUAAUGUGCUGCUGUUACUUCGCUAUUUCAUGGAUAGUUUUGAGAGAUUCUUUCUGAAAUACAUGUAUGUUCAAAAUCUUAUUUGCCCUUAAUCCAGAAAGAGACAAAAGUACAUGUUUUUAAAAGGGUUGAAAACUACCUGUGUACGAAUAGGCAAAUGGUAUUGUGUUUUUAUUCAAAAUUGUCUGCAGUUCUCUUGUCACACAGGCAUUUAGAAAUUACACAAAACCUGAAAGAAAAUAAAUGUACCCUUUUAGCGGUUCCCCAGUUUACCAGAAUGGAAUUCCAUCCUGUACCCUGGAGUUCCAUAAUGGGGGUUGUCUUAACUUUG